AAGAAGAUAAUGACGAAUUGAAUGAAUAUUUUAUUUCAAAUACUGUAGAAUGGUCAAGAGUAUUAGAUACUUGGUUCUCAAUAAUAGAUAAUGAAGAAAAUACAAGCCAAUUAUAUUAUGAAGAUAACAAAUUAGAUACAAUCAAUUCAACCACUAGUCAAAAUUUAUUAAAUACAACUCAUCCUGCAGAUAACCAGUCUGCUAAAUAG